GUCUAAAUGUCGGAAGUUAAGGUGAGCUAUGUUUUAUGCAUGUAAUGUUACUCAUUGACCAGUCAAUAUAUUUUUGGUGAGACUAAUUUAUGGGCGACCUUGGAGCGACGUUAAAGAAUUAUGAUCUACAAUUGGUGGUUUGGGUUAAAAAUUAGAUUUAAGGUUUUUAUUUCGAAAUGACAUAAACUAAAAUCCCAAAACACCCUUUAUCCAAAUGGUUGAAUUUUUUGGUUUUUCUCUAAUAUUUCCACAGUUUCUCCAAAAUUUUCCAAACUUUGGAGAAAUCUAUUUCUGUCCUUCGCGUUUCGAAAAAAUUCCCCGCAGUGUCAGUUUUUCACAAAUAUUUCCAAACCUCUCUAUUUUGGGGAAGCCGUUAUGGAAACUUGGGGAAAUAGCACAGAAACCCCAAAAUAAGGAGGUUGGAAUUAUUGGAGGUUCUGGGUUCGACGACCCAGAUUUAUUACAAGAAGCAAAAGUGCGAACAGUAACUACUCCAUUCGGAAAUCCAUCAAGUUUUCUUACUGAAGGUUUUGUUGAAGGUGUCCCGUGUGUUGUGCUUCCCAGGCAUGGAAAGGAACAUUUACUUCCGCCAAGUGAGAUCAAUUAUCGGGCCAACAUUUGGGCGUUAAAAGAACUUGGGUGUACUCACAUAUUAGCCACUAACGCUUGUGGUAGUCUUCAGAAAGACAAAAAACCUGGUGAUUUCGUUGUUCUCAACCAGUUUUACGAUAAUACUCGAAAUCGAGAGCUUACGUUUUAUGGAAGUGGGCCUGGUUCACUGAAAGGAGUCUUACAUAUGCCGAUGGCAGACCCAUUUUGUGAAGAAACACGUCAGGUUCUAAUCAAAGCAGCUAAAAAUCUAUCACUGACUAUUCGUGAUAAAACGUGUAGUUCAGAUACAAUUAUCAAUCAUCCGUGUGUACAUACUGAAGGUUCUGUAAUUACGAUUAAUGGCCCACGUUUCUCAACUCGUUGCGAAUCAUUGUUAUUCCAAAAAUGGGGUUUCGAUUUGAUCAAUAUGACAUUAGUUCCUGAAGUUUCUUUAGCUCGUGAAGCUGGCUUAAGUUAUGCUUCUAUAGCAAUUGUUACAGAUUUUGAUUGUUGGAAAGCAGAUGAGGAACACAUACAUACAUAAGGAUGUCCAAUAAUUUUGUUAUAUUCUCAGUAUGGGGUUGUGGAUUUCAAUAAAAUUGUGAUUUUAUUCGUCUUUAAAUUUGAGGAUAUUCAUGCAUUCUUAAAAAUUGUAUUUCUAGGAAGUACUAAACUAAAGUAUAAUCAUUAUUAGUUGUUAUUUAGUAUACCGAGCUACUUCAGUUUAUACUGGUUCAUAAUCGAUAGGAAAAAAUCUAGGGAUUUCUGUGACUUAGUAAUUAAAGCACUCAGUUUUUUCAACCAGUUGAUUUCAGAUUCGAAUCUAAGUCCACUUCUGUUUUGUCAGUUAGGUAGUAUUACUAUUCCUUUCACAAAUUAGUGUGACUCAAAUCCGAGUAUGUAACCCUUUACUUAAUAUGCGUGGCACAUUAUAAUUCUUAUUGUUGACUAAUCAACCAAAUAUCAAUCUUUUCACUAAAUAGAUGGAUAAUUAGUUGGUAAUGGAGUUUAAUUUCUGAUAGAAAUUAGAUGGCAUAAUUAGCUGGUUUCUUUUUGACUGGAAUCAUUGUCAUUCAUGUUUCCUGUUUGAUUGAUGGAUAAUAAUUUAAGCAUAGAAUUAGACUACAACUGUGGGAAUAUUAACUGAGCCUGUUAUAACAACGCCUUUUAUUCAUUCUAUGUUACUGAUCGUCUGAAUAAUCAAAUGAUGUUUUAUGAAAGACAUAUUGUCAUAUUGCAUUGCACUAUUGAAACUUUAAACAGCUAAAAGCUGAAUAAUUAUUACAGGUAGUUGAAUACCUAGGAUCUGAUUUCUAGUUCAUUUCAUUGAAUAGAAUAAAGUUAUUACUUUUAGUAAAUUAUGUUCUCCCAAGGGUAACAUUGGAUACAGUCUUUUAUGCAAUCGAUAAUUAAACAAAACUAGUAGAGAAAAUUAUCCGGCACUCAAAUAACUCAUAUUCACUGAUGGGUGACCUUAAUUUCCGACCAACAUAAAACCUCUAUAACCAUCUAAAGGCUGGUUUUACUAAAUAUGAGACAUAAAUCCUUUCUCGGUUUACAUGUAUAUUAUUAACUUUCCACAGAAUGUUCAAUUUAUUUGACAGUUCAUCAUUUAUGUUUGGGUUGUGAUACUGCCCGGGUGCCCAGACCGAAGCAGGUGGUUU